UAGGUCAGACCAGCGACUAACUGUAGGCGCGGUGGUCGUUAGACGGUUGGAGGGCAGCACAGGACAUCUUAACUCUCCGCAGGCCCUCGGCGUCUAGCGCCCACCGGCGGCCCAUCCCGUCAUGUCAGGCACUGCUUGGCUUUAGUUCUUCAGGCCUCCGCCCACCCGCCUACCCGAAGCCGCGCCCACCGCCCAGAGCCAGAGGGAUGGUGGUAGUCACCGGGCGGGAGCCAGACAGCCGUCACUCGGACGGUGCCAUGUCCAGCUCCGAAACCGAAGACGACUUCCUGGAGCCGGCCACUCCUACGGCCACGCAAGCGGGGCACGGGCUGCCCCUGCUGCCCCAGGAGUUUCCUGAGGUCGUCCCCCUUAACAUCGGAGGGGCUCACUUCACCACGCGCCUGUCUACUCUGCGGCGCUAUGAAGACACCAUGCUGGCUGCCAUGUUCAGCGGGCGGCACUACAUCCCUACAGACUCUGAGGGUCGGUACUUCAUCGACCGAGAUGGCACAUACUUUGGAGAUGUGUUGAACUUCCUGCGUUCAGGGGACCUGCCACCCCGGGAGCACGUGCGAGCUGUGCACAAAGAGGCCCAGUACUAUGCCAUUGGGCCCCUCCUGGAGCAGCUGGAGAACAUGCAGCCACUGAAGGGCGAGAAGGUGCGCCAGGCCUUCCUGGGGCUCAUGCCCUAUUACAAAGACCAUUUGGAGCGGAUCGUGGAGAUUGCUCGGCUUCGCGCAGUACAGCGGAAGGCCCGCUUUGCCAAGCUCAAAGUCUGUGUCUUCAAGGAAGAGAUGCCCAUCACCCCCUAUGAGUGUCCACUCCUUAACUCCCUCCGCUUCGAGCGGAGUGAGAGUGACGGCCAGCUCUUUGAGCACCACUGUGAAGUGGAUGUGUCUUUUGGGCCCUGGGAGGCAGUGGCUGAUGUGUACGAUCUCUUGCACUGCCUGGUCACGGACCUCUCAGCCCAGGGCCUCACGGUGGACCACCAGUGUAUCGGGGUGUGUGACAAGCAUCUUGUCAACCAUUACUACUGCAAACGCCCCAUCUAUGAGUUUAAAAUCACGUGGUGGUGAGUUGUUCUGGAAAGCAAGAGUCCCACGAAGGAGGAUGUCUGUCCUCUUGGGUGGCUCUGGGAGUCUGAUCCCCACAGGGGCUGCUGACUGUCCCAGAAGCUGCUGAGGUGAGGACAGAGCACUGAGACGCAGAUGCAGAGAGAGGCCCGGGCGCUGCUGCAGUCUCCCUGGUUUGUGUACCUUGGGGACUCGGUCUGCUCUCACUUAGUCUUCUCUUCAAGGCCUGGCAGUCUUCACUAGAAGCCACAAGAUCUAGCAAGGAUGUCACUGGGAGUCCAGAGAGCUUUUGAUACCUUCUUGACGCCCUGUAGGAGAGCUCCUGCUCAUCCCUGAUGGGGAUAUCAUCACUGCCUCACAAUGUUCGAACCUUCCAGUGCUCAGUGUGUCAGGCGAGAUAAGGAGUGAGCUAGGGGAUUAAUCCAAGCUUCUGCCACGUAGCCCUGGCCAAAGAAGAAAGCAUACGUCUCCUCCCAGUGUGCUCCUUGCUCUUCCAAUGACUUGCAGUACCUUGUCUUAGGAUGCAGAAAGAUAUGUCCCGUGCUCCCAGAACAUGCCUGUCACCUUCUCUUGGAGAUUAACCAUAGCUGCCAAAGCCAUGUACCAAGUUGGGCCUUAGAAAAACCACAUGUUUACAGCCCUGCCCCGGAGCUUUGGCUUGUCCCUUCUUUGCAGGGUUAUCCUCUCACAGGGCUGGAAAUGUUAAGUUCUAAAGGUUCUUUCUGAAGAUUCCCCAAGUCAGGCAGAGGAGGAGCCUAGGUCCUCUUGAUAUACAGGCACUCUUUCAGAUGCCAAGAACGCGGGGCUUUGCCGCUGGGUCUUAUGUUGGGAGUCAGUGUGGUGGACCCCUCUGGAAGGGAUGCUCUCGUUCUUUGAUAGUUUUUGUUCAGGGUGGUGGGGACUUGCUCCGCAGUCAGGGGCAACUAAGACAGUACAACAUGUACUCCCUAAAGAGAGAGCUGUAUAGCAUUCCUCUGAAAGCGUUGCAUGUCUAUGCCGCACUAUGGGUUCUAAGGAGUCAUGGGUGUCCUUGACCAUUCCUGGGUAAAAAAAAAAAAAAAAAAAAAAAUUGUUUUUUUAAUGUAAGGAAUUGUCAUUGCCAAGCUCAGUCCUGUAGGAUCAGAGUGGUGCAGUCAGACAGUUGGGGGCUAAAGGCAUCUGUCUGCUUCUGAGGAAUAGAAGGCCUGGGCCUUCUGAACCUGAGCGAAAUUCUGUGUAGCUGGAGGACAGUGAGUUUCCUGGGCUCUUGUGGAAACACACAGUUUUGAACUGGUGUCUCACUUUGAGUAUGACAGAGCUAGAGGCUGAGGUCCAUGAAGGGGAUGCGUGUCAGUCAUCUUCCAGUACACCUGCUCUCUCUGUUCUCCUCAGUAAACAAUCACAUCUUCUGAGGUGCCAAUGCCUCUGCUUGGCGCUUAGCCCAGCACUGUGGCUCUGGCUUUGUUUCAGCAGAGAUGUUCCUUAUUUCAACCAAUUUUAUUUUUAUUUUUAUUUUUAUUUUUUGGACAGGGUCUCAUGUAGCCCAGGCUAGCCUCCUAUUAGUUGUAGAGCUAAGGAUGACCUUAUGCUCUUGACCUUCCUGCUUCUACCUCGGAAGCUCCAGGGGACACAGGCAUGUCCCACGUCUUGUGUCCAGUGUUUGGAGAGCUAGUGAAGUCACACUGUUCAGGAUGCUGUCCAUGUGAGUAGAAAGCAGACCGUUAAGCCUAGGGCACUUAGUAAUUGAGCCUGGGGUUCUUUUCUUCCUGCUCUAGAAUAUUGCAGUGCUUGGAAAAUUAGAACCCACCAACAGAAGACAGAGAGAAAACUGAUCCUCUCAAAAAAAAAACAGGCCCAGACUGCUUGCUUAAGGUUACGAAAUGCUGGGUAAAGAUGUUGUCCAUCUUUUGUGAUUUGCUGGAGACGUCGUUUUUCUGUCCCCUUUUUUAUUCUCAGGAUGAUAUGGUUUGUACCAUGGUGGCAAAAGAAAGCUCUAGGCUGCUGGAGUAGGCAGAGGUCGGACACAGGACAGCCAGCUCAGAAACCCCUCUUUUGUUUUUUUUUAAGAUAGUUGGCUUGAUAUUUAUGGUAUUAGGGGGGCAAACCAUGUACUGAAUCGUCUUAUAUGGUUGGUUUUUUUUUAAAAUAACAAAAUCCUUUGUGUUUUUAAGCCAGCGACUUGUACACUGUCUUGCAGCACAGAAACUUUUCUUUGUACUACAAAAUAUAUUUAUUAUAAUUCUAAUUCUCCCUUGGCUAGUAAAAUAGAAAUAUGAAAUAAAGCAAUAUAUAUUGGGA